AUGUCUCACCACCACUAUGAAACCAACCCUCAUUUCGUUCAGUUUUCGUUGCAGGAUCAACAUCCUGGUGGUCCCUCUAGCUCAUGGACUGCUCCGCACCACCACCAGAUCCCGGAGACUCACUCAGUUGGUCCAUCCGGGGUAAAAAUAAAGACUCGAGGACGCCACCAGACUGAGCCACCUGAAGCAAUCCAUGAACUGCCUUCCUCAAGACCAUUGCCACUGAGGCCAGAGGAACCGUUACCACCACACCAUAAUCCCAACUCCGCCAGGCCAUUGCUAUUGAGUCCUGAAGAGCAACAACGAGCUCCACAACGUGGCUAUGGAUCUGAACCAACUCCAUGGAGAACGGCUCCAACACGACCAGCGCAUCAACCAGGUCCAAAGAGGACCAAGCCCGUGAAAUUGUCAGCUACAAUCUGCUGUGCAAUUCUCUGCGUUGUCCUGAUUCUCGCUGGCCUCAUCCUCCUCAUCGUCUACCUCAUUAACCGUCCACGCUCACCGUACUUUGACGUAGCAGCAGCAACCCUAAACACAGCGAAUCUCGACAUGGGCUACGUUCUAAACGGAGAUCUCGCCCUUGUGGUAAAUUUCACAAACCCAAGCAAGAAAAGCAGCGUGGACUUCAGCUAUGUGAUGUUCGAGCUCUACUUCUACAACACACUCAUAGCGACUGAGCACAUCGAGCCAUUCAUUGUACCAAAAGGAAUGUCAAUGUUCACAAGCUUCCAUCUCGUGAGCAGUCAGGUACCGAUUCAAAUGAUUCAGAGCCAGGAGUUGCAGCUACAGCUCGGAACCGGUCCUGUCUUGUUGAACUUGAGAGGAACAUUUCACGCUCGCUCGAACCUAGGAUCGUUACUGAGAUACUCUUAUUGGUUGCACACACGUUGCAGCAUUUCGUUAAAUAGCCCUCCUUCAGGGAUCAUGCGAGCUAGAAGAUGCAGUACGAAACGCUAG